AUGACGGGCAAGGCUGUUGCUGCUGUCCUCGCUCUGCUACUCAUCUCCACGGCUGGAACGAAAGGUAUGGCCCUGGCUCGCUCGGGCAUUGAACUUCGAUGCCUAUGCAUAGGCACCCACUCCAAUUUCAUCCAUCCCAAGUUAAUUCAAAAUGUGAGACUCAUCCAAAGUGGACCACACUGCCAGAACGUCGAAGUCAUAGCUACUCUGAAGGGAGGCAGGGAAGUGUGCCUGGAACCCACUGCUCCGUGGGUGAAGCUGAUCACAAAGGCUAUUUGGAACAAGAGCAACAAGGCUGAGUCACCGCUCUAA